AUGGGGUUCGCCAACCAUUUCAAUUUCAUGAUGCGCAGCCUUUCGUCGUUCGGACAGAUGGCCCAGCUUGGCAGUGCACUGGCGACAGCUCAGGCCAAGCAGACAGCUGGGCAUGGCAGCAGUGGCAAUGCUCCGACGACCCCGACGCAGCCGAGCACGAUGCAGACGCAUGAGUUGGCCUCCGCCCUGACCACCAUGCCCCAGGGGCCCCCGAGUGCUGGCCCGACGGGCAACGCCGACGGGGCCCCACAGCAGCGUGGGACGGAGGACGACUCCCGCCGCCAGAACACCGUGCGGCGCCUGGCAGAGUUCGUCUACAACGGCGAGCCUGCUGGGCCCGCCGUCGCCCUCGAGGAUCAGCGCGAUUGCAAGCGCCUGCGAGCUGAGAUGGGGGCCCUCUCCAAGCGCACGGGCUCGCUGGAGGAGUCGACGCAGCAGGUCGUGAGCAAGAAUGCCGAGGGGGCGAACCAGGGCGUCAAGCAGCUGAUGGCUAUGAUGCAGCACCGGGAGGACCCGUGGCUGCGCGGCCGCGGAGGCAGGGGCAACCCGGGUGGGAAAGGCAGCGGCGGCGACAUCACCGACCACAUCGGUGCCGCCGUUGAGGGUUGCGCCUUCCAGAAGACGAUGGCGGCGGAGCUGCACGCAGAGGCCCUAGGCCACAUCGGAGUCAGUGCAACCAGACGCGAGGCGAAGGCCCUCGCGGAAAGCCUGCCGAUGGAGUUCAAGCCGAAGCUCGAGAGCCUCGGUGCCACCGAGGAGCAGUACAAGGAGGCGAGCACCGAGGCCGUGGGCAACCUGCUCUUCCGCUACCUGGUGGACGAUGGCACGUGGUCCAGCGCGCCUCUCCAGGACAGCCCGCCCUGA